AUGAGUACUCCGACGAAUUGUGAAAGAGACAGAGAUAUUACUAUAACAAGAAGUAAUAGAAAACAUGAAUCAUCUUCUAGUGUUAAGGGGUCGAAGUUUAAGUCUGGUAGUAGUAGUAGUGGCAUAACCAAAUCAAUUCAUCCUCCGAUUGAAUCGCAUUGGGAUCUUCCUACACCAAAAGGAAAGAAAAGAGCUUCCUUCUCCAUCAAGUCAAUGCUGUCUUACUCUCUUACGAAAUUUGGAAGGAGUAAAAGUAUGGAAAUUGUUUUACAAGGAAUUCAUGAUCCAAAAGAUGAAAAAAUCGUUGAGAAUUUCCGCGAAAUGCUUUCUCGCGAGGGUCUUUUACCACAUAACCACAAUGAUUAUCAUACUCUUCUAAGGUUUCUGCGCAUGAAUGAUUUUGAUAUCACAAUAUCCAAAGAAAUGUUUCUCAAUUAUCUCAAAUGGCGAAAGGAAUUUCGAGUUGACAUGAUUCAUAAGGAAUUCAAAUUCACAGAAUACACAGAAGUGAAGAAAUGCUACCCUCAUGGAUACCAUGGAGUUGAUAAAUGUGGAAGACCUGUGUAUAUUGAAAGACUUGGGAUGAUUGAUGUUAACAAAUUGUGGCAAGUAACAACACACGAAAGGUUUAUAAAGCAUCAUGUGUUAGAACAAGAGAAAACGCUACGAGUACGCUACCCUGCAUGUUCAUUAGCUGCUAAAAGACACAUAGCUUCCACCACAAGUAUCGUGGAUGUCCAUGGAAUAGGAAUGUCUAAUUUCUCAAAGCCCGCGAGGUACUUAUUUAUGGAAAUUCAGAAGAUCGAUAGCAGUUACUAUCCUGAGACUCUAAAUAAACUCUUCAUUGUUAAUGCUGGUUCUGGAUUCAAGAUAUUGUGGAAAGCAGUGAAGGCAUUCCUAAGCGAACGGACAGUAGCGAAAAUUCAAGUUUUGGGUCCUGAUUAUUCUAGUGUGCUGCUAGAGACUAUUGAUCCAAGUAAUUUGCCAACUUUUUUGGGUGGUAAUUGCAUAUGUUCUGAUUACGGAGGUUGCUUGAUGAGUGAUCAAGGUCCAUGGAAAAAUCAAGAGUUCUUAGAAAUGAUUCAGACAGUUUCUUUAACAGAAAAAACCGACGAAAACAACAAUGUGGUUUCAGAAGGAUUCUUGAUGCACAAAAAGGUUGACAUGGAAAACAAAGACGAUGUUAGAACAGAUCUACCAUGUCGGUUAGCAUUACAAAAAAUCGAUCGCCUUGAAGAUAGUCUCGGUGACAUCAAGAAUAAAAUCAAGACAUUGGAAGAUGCACUUCAAGAAACUAAGAUGGCAUUGAAAGAACUUGGACAACAUAUAGAAGAACAAAAAAUGUGA